AUGUCGAGCUGCGUCGUGGAUCUCCCUGAAGAUAUUAUAGUCAAGAUUCUGUGCCGUUUGCCGGUCAAGUCUUUGAUCCGGUUCACUUGUGUCUCGAAACGGUGGCGUUCUCUGAUCAUUUCUGAUCCUAAAUUUGGAAAAUCUCACUUCCAAUUUGCUUCUCAGCAGAGAACCCUCCGUAGAAAAGUCCUCCUCACCUCCUACCCUGCAGUCAUAGAGCCAGGUUCGACGCCUAAUGCUUGUUACGAUGGCAGUUGGAAGAAAUGGGCUGAGGAUAAGUUCAUCACUCUAUUUCAGUCUUUAGAUGAUAAGUUUUCAGUUAAGAAUUUCACAUUCCCAUCUGAGGAGAUUGAGGAUUUGGAAGAAAUGGGCUCCUGUAAUGGUUUGGUACUUGUAGGCCGACCCUGUCGCGAUCAUUACAAGAGCUUGUUUAUCUGGAACCCAUCUACUGGAUUCUUCCGCAAGAUACCUCAUCCAAGUUUCAGGAUGAAGUCAGGUAGAUACUUUUUGAAUUAUGGUUUUGGUCAUGUGUCCGCCAGCGACGACUACAAACUUGUCUCCGUAGUACCUGACCCCAGUGAUAUGCUGGAAGUCCAUAUCUUCUCUCUGAGUGCCAACAUUUGGAAAGUUAUUACAGCUCCUUACUCCUCAUUUCCAUGCUGGGUCAAUAGACACGGGACUUUUUCAAAUGGAGCAAUUCACUGGGUCACUCCCUGCGGAAAUAAGACUUUGGACCCAGUUAUAUAUGCUUUUAUUUUGGCCGAGGAGGAGUUCCGGCGAGUGCCAUUGCCACCUGUUUUGUGGCAAAAUGAAGAAGACAGAAAUCCGACAAAGAUAACAACUCUGGUUCAUUUAGGAGGAUACCUUUGCAUAUGGUCUCGGAAGUGUUUUGAUACUCAGGGAGGUGAAGUUUGGGCGAUGACAGAGUAUGGGGUGCCUGAAUCUUGGGUUAAGCUCUUUCAAUUUAAUAUACAUGAUUUCUGCAAUGUCUUUGAUGUAGAACAGAGUCCAUGGGAUCUGUGUUUAAUUACAGAAGGCGAUACGAUGGUGUUAAGACUGAAUAAGGAGUUGUUAUGGAUUGAAUGCCGUAAUGAAGAGAAGCCAGUCUGCAGUGGAAGGUAUAGGCUUGAGAAGGUACAACCUAAGGUGUCAAACCUGGCGUUUUAUUUUCGCGCGACCGUAUACGAUGAAACUCUAGUUUCUGUAGCUGAAUGCUGA